AUGGCUUCUAAAUUGAUCGUGGCAUACAUCCCUGAACACUUCUCUACCCCAAUGUUCUUAGCACAAGAACAGGGAUACUUUGCGGAGAAGAAUUUAGAAAUUGAAUUCUUUCCUGUUGUUGAAGGAUCUGGAAGACUCAUUAAGCUUCUCAAUGAAGGCACUGUAGAUAUUGCAGUGGGUUUGACAGAAGCUUUUGUUGCCGACAUUGCAAAGGGAAACAAAGCUUAUAGCGUAGUUGGAACAUACGUAGAAAGUCCUCUUUGUUGGGCUAUUUCAUCCGGUUCUGACAGGUCUGAUAUCAAUAGCGCAGAUGACUUGGCAGGCAAGGACAUAGGUGUCUCAAGAAUCGGAUCUGGAUCGUACGUGAUGUCUUUCGUGUUGGGCUUGCAGAAAAAGUUCCCCGAGCCCUACUUUAAUGACUUCAAGGUGUUGCACAAUUUCCAGAAUCUUAGAGAUUCUGUCAAUCAGAAAUAUGUGGACGAAACCGAUGUCAAGGUUGACAGCGAUGCGUUCAUGUGGGAGCACUUCACAUCCAAGAAAUUUUAUGAUUGUGGAGAGAUCAAGCGCGUUGGCGAGAUCUACACACCAUGGCCUUCAUGGGUUGUUUCGGUAAAUCAAGAUGUGUUGGACAACAAGAGAGCUCAGGUACAAGCCUUUUUGGGCGCUGUCCGUCAAGGUGUGGCAUACUUUUUGAAGCAUCCAGAGAUUGCUGUAGAGCACAUCUCUACUCAUUUGCCAUACACAAUUGAUGACGCCCGGGAGUGGAUGAAGACUGUCAAGUUCAACGAAGCCAUUGGAACGAAACCUAUUGAGUGGGAUACCGUGGUCAAGAACACUUCUGAGGUUUUGAAAACAGCCGGUGUUAUUCCUAAAGAAAAUGCUGUGGAGGAGAGGUUGGAGCUGCAAAUUGUCUCGCUCAUUGAGUAG